AUAGCAGAGUACAUUUUUGCAUUAAAGCAGUUGAAUCAUGUGAGUGUUUCCAAGUGUGAGGGGAGGGUUCAUCUCUGGAGGCUGGCAGAGUUUACCAAGUACAGUACUAAACUUGUGUUCCUUGUUCACAUCAUGGAUCCUGCCGACUACGAUCAACUCUGUACUGCUAAAUAACAAGGCAAGGCUGUCACUGAAUCAUAGGAAGCUGUCACAAUGAAGAGUAAAUGCUGCAAGAUACUGUCAGCCAUUGUCAGUCGCUUGUUUUUUGGCCUUCAUGGAUCCAUUAUGAUACUUUUACUAGUAUCGAUAACAGAUAAUGAUAAUUACUUUCUACUAUUAAGUUUCGUUUUUCUAUUGUUCGUUGAGAUGAUCAUCACGCUAAAGAAAGCUAAGAAAGGAGAAUGGAAAUGGUUUUCCCCCAUGGUGUUUAUAUAUCUGUGUUCCGUUCUUCCGUCGAUUUUUAUCAUUGAACUGGGUCUCCUAGAAGUCAGAAUUGGAUUAAGCAAUACGACACAUCAUGAGUGUAUGGACAGUGUCUACAAUGAAUAUUCAAAUGAGUUUCAAGCCAUGGAGGAGCUACUGAUUUUGGUCCUGGUCAUAGGACGCUGGUUGAUGCCAAAAGGUCACCUGAGCAGAGACCAGCUCUGUCAGCUUCUCUUGACUUAUAUUGCGCUGGGGGCAGACAUACUUGAUGUUUUACAACUAAUCAAGGAGACAAAAAUUAACACUAACAAGUCUGUAACUAUUGUUGGUUUGUGUCUUUUUUCCUGGGCAAUCCUGCAAUUCACAAUAGUACUCACUCAGACAGCAUCACCAACAUCUCAAACAACAAGCCAGUCGCAUUCAACAACUGACCGAAAGAGACCCAGCUUGCCCUCAUGCUGCUCAAAUGAAGUGUGGAGCGUUAUCGUCACCAUUGGGAUGCAAGAUGGACCGUUUCUUGUUUACAGAGUUUAUUUGGCCACUGCAGAGGGAGUUUUUAAUGACUCCAUGACCUUUUUUAUUUGUAAAAAUGCUUUGACAGUUAUAAUUGAAAUCUACAGAGUUGCAAUGUUUCUGGGCAAGGAUAGGUGUAAAAGGAAAACACUUCAACAUACUGCUGUAACUAACCAAACAGAUAAUGCUGAAACCGAGAUUACGUAAUCAGUGAUUGAUUCGUUCAUAUCUUAAGCCAUGAGCUAAUUUCAGUUUAUUGCCCCUAGCUAGUUUAAUAGUGCAUUAAUGCAUGAGCGUCAGUGGGGGGACUUGUAUCAAGCACUAGCAACAGAACUGGACUCAAAUCAAGCUGCCCCUUAUUUUCCAAAGCCUUUGAAGUAAACAGAAUAAAUGGUAUUUAUCGAUA